GGGUGUGGCCUCAGUCAUUGUAACAGCAACAUUGUAAGAAAGUCUAGAUUCUUCGUCUUCGGAGGAUUUUAGAGAAUCUUGGUUCACUAAUUGAUCAGAUCACAUUUCUCCUUUUCCAACUAAUAUAAUUUGAUCAGUUUUUCUUUCGGUCGGAUUAAAAAAUAUAAACAUUGAAAUUUGAGUCAGUUUUGGACAUUUUGGUUUUUCCAGGUUCACAAUAACACAAACUUUGUUCAGGAAAUGUUGAUGAAUCUUUAUGAGGUGAUUUAAUCUGGUUCUGGUUCUGGAGUCAUGAAGGCCUCUGAAGUCCUCUCAUUAGUUCUGCUAGUUCUGGCCGUCCUGGCUGGUUCUGGUGAAGAUGAAGAUCUGUGACGUCCAUUUUGUUUCUCUUCAGAGCAGCCGAGGAAGAAAUGGCAGACAGUCCAGAUCACAAGGCCAGUGCCCUGCUCAGAGCCUCCCAUCUGCCUCUGGUCCGGUCCGUCUUCCAGUCCGUGUCUUCCCUCCUCUCCGGGGUCAAAGAGCGCUACCCCCUGCUGGGCCUUGUGGGGGGCGUGGCAGAGGUCGGAGUUCGCGGCGUGUCUGAGGAAGCCCUGAGACGGGCCACGCCCCUCCUCCAGAGUCUGGAGCCACAGAUCGACCUCGCCAACAGGUUGGCUCUGACUGGUCUGGACAGUCUGGAGAGGACGUUUCCCAUCCUGAACCAGUCCACAGAGGAGGUGAUGACUCACUUGAAGGACGCCUUCUUUUUGACUCUGGAUGAUGUCCAGGUGUGGGUGGUGGACAGCCUGGACGGAGCUCUGGACCAGCUGGAGCGAGCCUCUGACUCGAUCCGGACGGCCGGACGGCAGCUGCAGGAAACGCAGGUGGGGCAGGCGGCCACGGCGGGGCUGGACAACGUCCUGAGUCUCCUGGAGGACUCAGCCGCCUACUACUUACCCCUCCCUCCUACGCUGCGCCGGGAGUGGGAGAUGAAGGUCCAGCAGUACGAGGAUGAGGAUGACGGAGACGAGCCGGGCCUCUGGACCAGAGUCCGCAGUCUGCUGCUGACCCUCAGCCUGCAGCUGUAUCACCGAAUGCUGAAAGCCAGGGAGCAGCUGCAGGGAGCCGCCCGGACACUGGGGGGCGCCGCUGAGCAGGUGGGUCUGACUCGGGUCCUGGAGUUAAUAGGUGAGCUGCUGCAGUACUUCCAGAGCCUCCUGGUGGCGCUGUUGUUCUGCGCAGAGAGUCUGAGAGAGGCCACACUGAGGGAGCUGGUGGAGCGAGCGGCCAUGUUGGCCGAGCUGAGCCCAAUUCAACAGGUCCGAGAACUGCCAGUUCAGAUCCAGCAGCUGCUCCACGACCUGCAGGAGCUCUCCAAGAUCCUGCUGCAGUUCUUGAUCAACACCACGCCACUCUACAGCAUGCUGGAGCAGCCGUCGCCUCAGCAGGUGGAGGACUUCCUGAACAAGGAGGAUUUCUCAGACAGCUCAUCGCGCCGUAGCUCGGCUAACAGCCUCUUCCUCAAGGCAAUGGACGGCCGCCCUCGCCGCCGUCGCAGCAUCUACUCCCGCGCCACCCGGGCUGCUGGUGGCCCCCAAAGUCCCGACCCACCCAACGGGCGGCGCUCCAGCACCAAGGAGCCUUCCACCCCGGAGACGGACGGGGCGGCCCACCCUUCCGAAGGCAACGCCCUCCGACGACCGUCCGCCACCGAGCUGCUGCUCACGCCGCUCAAACAGUUCGUGGCCCAGAGCCAGAAGGCCUUGGAGUACCUGAGCCCCAACUCCAGCGACGGUGCCGCCAUCGUCACGGAAACAGACGACUCUUAAACACCCACCGCCUGCGGUUCGAAGUGACUCAGCCACGUCAGCCACGUCCGCCUCCCGAUGCGCCAUGGCGCCCCCCCGCAUCCCACGACGAUGACACGUCUCUGCCUCGGCUGGUGCUGGUUUGUGCGUUCGUGCUGAACCGCAGAGGCGUCACCAAAUUAGCGCUCAGUCACUGAUGCUGCAAUUCUGCUUCACACAAACCUGUUCACCGAGAGAAACCCCGGAAAUAUCCGAUCACAGAGCUUUUCUCUGCACAGCGGAGGUAGAAAGUACACAGUCCUGCUGAAGCGCAGGUUCUUUAUGAUGCAGAAAUAUUAUCAACGCCAUUUUCUUAAUCUUGCGACUUCAUCUCUCUAGCCUGACACCUGAAGGCUUGGAUUCAAACUGACUGUCCACGAAGAAGAAUAGCAGUCCCACAUCAUGAUGCUGCCACCACCAAGUUCUACUUCUAGUUUCCUCAGAACAGAAACUUGGUACUCCGUUAAAAUUUGGGAGAUUUUAGCCCAGCUUAGAUGUUUUCUACAGCAGAAAUGUUUUUUGUCAUCAUGCAUUUCAUUUGGCAUCUUCCCUCAACAGUUCCUCGCUGAAGAGGAUUAAGGCCACUGAAAAACAAGAGAAAUAAUAUGACUUUAUUUUCCUCAAAAUACUGACAAGGGGAUUUUUUUUUCUCAGAAAUCAAUUUUCUUUUCGUGUCUCUUUUUUUUUGUUGUUGCUUUUUUUCUCUCUCUGAAUCUUCCCAGACUUCUGAACUUUAGGGGAUUUUUUUCUCACAACUCUCAGAAUUCCGGCUUUCAUCAGCCACAUAAAACUUAAAUCUGACAUGUUCCUACAGAAAGUAAAUUCUCCUCCUGCUUUACUUGCUUCUAAUUGAAUCUGGUUGCUGCCUUAACAUCAACAUUCUGAGUCAAAAGUCAAAUUUAUUUUUGUAUUUCAUUGGCCCUAAUCCUCUUCCGUAGUUUCUAUCCAGGUGUUGAUGAGUCAAACGUAAAACUGUGAAUUUCUUUUCUCCUGACUGUUUGUUUCCUUUAAGGUUUGAGAUAUUUUGUGACAUUUCUGCAAACUGGCUAAAGCUAAAAUACGCAAAUAUCAGAAAAAUGUAACUAGAAAAGCUUAGAUUAUUAUUCACUAUAACUGAUAUUAGUUCUGAAUCCAAGAAGACUGAAUGCUGAAGCUCAUAAAACCUGGAUUUUCAACAGGACUGUGUAGUUUCUCGAUCGAGGCUCUCUGUGGUAAUCCCCUUUUACUCUACAAUGUUUAUCUGGAUCAUGGAAUCUGAGUGUUAGAAGUGGGCCGAGUACACAGCCUGGUGGGACGCCUCCUACAUCUCAAAACUAGAUCCAAACAGCAGCUUUAGCCAUCACAACGUAAAUCUUGGUUGUUUUUCAAAAGAAGCAGAAUUUAAGCUUGAGGGACGAGCCGAUCCUCUGGGAUUCAUUGUGUCUGAAUUUUAUUAUGAAUUCAUCAGUAUUUAUUCAUUAUGCUUUACUUUAACUCCAACCUGUGGUGGGCACCCCUAACUGAAAAGUUAGUUCUAACAGUAAAGCACUUCAGAAACUGUAUUUAGCAAAAGCACCAAAUCCAAUUCAAAUUAUAAAUGCCUUACAUGUUCUACAAUGCCUUUAGAUAUUUAUGGGUAGAUCUUGUUCAUUUUAUUUUAUUCCUGUAAGUUUCUUGCUUAUAAUAAAGUUACUGGGGGAAAAAAGACAGGACAGGAGGAUGUGAAACAGAACUGCUGUAUAAACAGAUUUCAAAAUAAGAGCAUGAACAUCAAUGUGUAUUUUAUUUCUUAGCAGUCGAUAACCAAAACCUCAACUCGGAUGUCAAGCUUUAUCCACUGACAGUUUGUAAAACAGCUAAUAAAAAUCUAUUUUGGCAAAGCAAAGUGUGCUAAAUGUUGGCAAAAGUGCUAAGCUAAAACUUAGCUCUGCUAUUAGCAUUGGCAGAUUAGCGGACGUGUGCCCACCGCUGGCUUUAACACUUUUAUGUUAAUGAUUAAUAAUUCCUCUGUAAAACUGCAGUCUUUGUAAGAGUUUUAAGAAAUGAAAUAUCCUUUAAACCAAAUAUUAAAGUUUAAAACAUUUUGGACUGAGUUGAAUAAAUUAAAGGUGUAAUCUGAUGGGAGGAAGGGGUUGAGCCGUUUCUGCUGAGUGGAAGGAUGUUUAAAGAUGAACUGAAAUAAAACAUGCUGGAGAAAUUA